CGACUUACAAAAGCUGGUGUAGCAGACACCACCACAUGGUGCCAUUUUAACCAGACUAUACCAAGCGUUAGCAGGUGUAGUUUGCUAGCAGCUAGGCUAGCUUUAGACACUGCUAACACAUCAGUAUCUUCAGUAUGGCUUGGUAUUGCCUUGGUGUGACCUUGCUCCUGUCUGUGUGGGCAACUGGAAAAUCUGAAAACAUUCCUGAUGGAGUACUUCAAAUGGAGUGCUGUGAUCGUUACUUGAUGAUAGCUGUUGCUCUCCCCUUCUCUGCGACUGACACUCAUUUUGAGGCUGUUGAUGAGACAGGUGUGUACCCCAUCACUAAGCAGUAUGCAGCAAAGUGUGGCUACACCAUCCGUGUUCUCCCUCUACUGGCCCGCAUGCAGUUCCGAGCUGCUUACUUCAGCUGUCACGCAGAAAAUGAAGAUGACAAAGUGUUCACAUUCAACUUCAACCUGAUUACCACACAUCAAGCAAAGAAGCUCACCUAUGCCUUGAACAAGACCUGCUCUCCUGCUCUCCCCUGGUCUCCCAGAGAGGUUACCUGUGAGACCAACUACAUGGAAGUGUCUGUGAGGAGUGACGUGGCCUGUCAAACUGGGAUAAAGAGACACGACUGGGAUGCUGUUGCCAAAACUGCCUAUGCCUCGGCCACCUCAGAUUGGCAGGUGAUGUUCCAGAGGGUAGAGCAAGAGCUGGUGCCCAUGAGCUUUGUUAAAGCUUACAAGCAGGGUUAUGCGUUUGACUUGACAGAUGGAAGGCUGGUAUUUCGUACACCGUAUGGACAACCUGACUCCCUCAGCACUGAGGUGAACGGUGUUCCAGUAGAGGUGGUCCGUGCAACUCUGUUCUCCAGACAAAGAUGGAUCAUCCUCAUAGUCGACCUGGUGGCUGCUUGCUCCAUGGAUGAAGGAUCAUAUGACGACCACGGCUACAUGGUGUGGGAGACUCCUGAUGCACUUUACCCAGGUCUUCACAGCACAAAACUCAACAUUGGACUCAAUGGUGAACUGAUGGAGCAGCUUGUUGCAGAGGAGAGAGGCUACAAUUUGAAGAAGCGCAACACCACACUGCAGAUCAGCAUCCCCUAUAAUGCAAAAGGAGGAUACAGGAAGAGCUUUGUGUCUGGCAACCUUUACGAGUUUUAUGUCUUUGAUUUGUACUUGGAGCAAAUCUCAGUGGAUGAGGAUCAAGUAGAGACCAGACUUCGCUUUCAAGGGACACUGGCCACUCCUGUGCUGCCACACCCUGUUUUCACUGCAAACCGAACGGUUCUUGAGGAGCGCACCUUCACGAUCUACCUCGGCGACGUCCCUGAAGACGUUGAGUUGGCAGAUGUUAAUUUGAAUGGACAAGAACCUACAGUUCCCUUUACAAAUGAGAGCAGCCGCGCCAUCACAAAUGUUGUUUAUCCCAACAACACUCAUGGCUACACCCUGAAGGUGCCUUUUGAUGACCCUGAUGUCAUACAGCAGGUAAAGAUCUUUCUGAAGUAGGC